UCAAAGACUGGCACACCGGGCAGGACUCCGCGCAGCGGCCCACCGGGCAGAGGCACACGGGCAGAGGCACAUCGGGCAGGACUCCGGGCAGAGGCACAUCGGGCAGAGGCACAUCGGGCAGGACUCGGGCAGAGGCACAUCGGGCAGGACUCCGGGCAGAGGCACAUCGGGCAGGACUCCGGGCAGAGGCACAUCGGGCAGGACUCCGGGCAGAGGCACAUCGGGCAGGACUCCGGGCAGAGGCACAUCGGUUUACCAGGCGAAGCAGCAGGCAGCGGGCCACCCAGGCGGAGCAGCAGGCACCGGGCCCCCGGGCGGAGCAGCAGGCACCGGGCCCCCGGGCGGGGC